AGUAUUCUCGUCACCACAGCAACAGCAAGACGGUUUGGGCUGCAACUGGCUUUUGAAGGUUUUAGGAGGCUUUAGGACUUACGAGUGAAGUUAUGACGGCUCAGAGAACAUCAUGGGCGCACUGGCUGACACUGUUCCUGCUGACGGCGACCAGCGUAGAGCUACUGUCAGCCCAGGAGGAGGAGGAACAAGAAAAUUACGUUUCCGAUAUCUUGUCCAAAAUCUACAAUAUUCUGAUUAGAAAUGGCGAGAUCGAGCUUUUGGGUCACUACUGCUCCUAUUCCACGCGCCCAUACUUUCUUCGAUGGCAGCUGAAGUUCAAGACUAAAGUCUGGUGCCCGGGCUGGACGCUUGUCUACGGCACCGUCAGGAAUAGCGCUAGUGUGUCCAACAGCCUGCAAGACGCCAUCGUCAACUUCGUCCAGAAAGCUUACCAAGAAGGUGUCAUAAGCGAGGAGGAAGCCAAGCCAUGGCUGUAGGAAAAACAGUGACCGGUUCCAAUUACGUCCAUGCUGCAAUGACUGCAGCGUAGGAUCAUGCAUUCAGAGGGAAUUAUGUAUAAGAUUUACUCUUCGGGUCAAGAAUGAAUGUAUACACACACAUACACACACAUAUAUAGAUAGAUAGAUAGAUAGAUAGAUAUAGAUAUAGAUAUAGAUAUAGAUAGAUAGAUAGAUAU